AUGACACUUCUCAAACCUCUUCUCUUAGCGACAAUGCUAUCCAUCGCCUCGAACGCUGCAAAAACCGACUGCCCACUAGGCUGGCUCCCAAACACAUUCCACGAGACCAAAUGCUGCUCCGGCAACAUGGUUAUCGACGAACAAGGCGCCUACUGCUGCGUUAACGACAUGAGAGCUUACAAGGAAUUACUCACCAACACAGCACUGCUAUAUGCUACCUCCACGACGACCGAAGAGACCAACUGGUCCACGGUGGAUAACUCUUGCUUCGCAGAGGUCCGCUUCACAGCGACCGACUACUCCGCCCAGGUUUCGUCGGCGUCGAGCAAGGCUGAGGCUACUCCCACAAAUGAUUCAACGAGCAAGGCCACCUCCACGAGUACUACGACUUCUGGGGCUACCGCUGGUACCGGCUCGCAAACCUCCACUUCCAGUCCGACCUCGAGUCCGACUCCGACUUCGAACGCGGCUAUGCCGCUUGCUACGGCUGAUGUGCUCGGUGGCGCGGCAUUUGCAGCUGCUCUUUUCAUGCUAUGA